AUGAUAGUCGAGGUUAAAUCCAAGCAACAGCUAAUAGAUGCUAUACAAUACCAUGGCUUAGUGGUGGUAGAUUUCUAUGCGCAAUGGUGUGGUCCUUGUAAAACCGUCUCACCUAUUUUGGAAAAAUUAUCUGACGAGUAUGAUGAAGUGAAAUUUUUAAAAGUUGAUGUUGAUGCAUUGAGCGAGUUGACACUGGAAUAUGAAGUCACUAGUAUGCCUACAAUUUUAUUUUUCAAGGAAGGAAAUAAAGAAGGAAGGGUAGUUGGUGCCAAUAUUCCUGCGUUGAGACAAGUAAUUGCUGCACUUGCUUAA